AUUGUAAAAAAAGAAAAAUAAAAUAAAAACAAGAGAGAGAAUGAAACAGACUACUCUCCACCUCCUCCUCCUCUUCUUCUUCAUUCUCUGUCUCGCCAGUCUCGGCCACGACACCUUCCACUAAAAAGAUUACUCCUUUUCUUCACGCCCUCUGUUUUCUCGUUCCCCCGCCAUGGCCAAGACCGGUGUCUUCGAUUCCGAUCCGACGGUCAUGGCCAAGGCUACUGAAUUAAAGAAGGAACUGCAAAAGCUCGUGAGAACCAUUGUCGACGACGAUGAUUAUCUUACAGAGACCAUCGAUCAAGCGAGAAACACUCUCUGCGCUUUGAAGGAAUUGAAGAUGAAUAAGAGAUCCUUGUCUUUGAAGUUGUGCCAAACUCUGUCGUGUCCUGAUGAGUUUAAGUGUCCUUUGUCCAAGGAACUGAUGAGGGAUCCUGUCAUUUUGGCUACGGGGCAGACUUAUGAUAGACCCUUCAUCCAGAAAUGGCUGAAAGCAGGGAACCGGACAUGCCCUCUCACUCAGCAAGUCCUGUCACACACAUUCCUUACUCCUAAUCACUUGAUCAGGGAAAUGAUAUCACAAUGGUGCAAGAGUCAAGGGUUAGAGUUCCCGGACCCUGUUCAUUACGAUAACGAGGAAGGAAUAACAGAAGCUGAUCGUGACCAUUUUCUGUCUUUGCUUGAAAAGAUGUCCUCUGCAGUUCCUGAACAGAAAGAAUCUGCAAGGGAGCUUCGAUUGUUGACAAAGAGGAUGCCCUCAUUCCGAGCAUUGUUUGGCGAGACAAUUGGGGCCAUUCCUCAAUUGCUCAAUCCACUUUCAGCAAGCAAGUCUGGAAGUGAUAUUCCACCUGAUCUUCAAGAAGAUGUGAUCACAACCCUUUUAAAUUUGUCAAUCCAUGAUAACAAUAAGAAGCUUGUUGCUGAAACCCCUAUGGUAAUUCCUCUACUUAUGGAAGCAUUAAGGUCGGGAACCAUUGAAACGAGGACUAAUGCAGCAGCAGCGCUUUUCACAUUAUCUGCUCUUGAUUCAAACAAGGCACUUAUUGGGAAAUCAGGUGCCAUAAAACCACUUCUAGACCUUCUAGAGGAGGGAAAUCCGUCAACUAUGAAAGAUGUUGCUUCUGCUAUUUUUUCCCUAUGUUUUGUACAAGAAAACAAGGCAAGAGCUGUGAGGGAUGGUGCGUUGAAGGUGAUUUUGAACAAUAUUAUGAAUGGUGUGCUUGUUGAUGAAUUAUUAGCUAUCCUCGCAAUUCUUUCCAGUCAUCAGAGGGCUGUCGAAGAAAUGGGAGAGCUUGGAGCUGUUCCUUGCUUGCUUCGGAUUAUCAGGGAGAGCACUUGUGAACGCAACAAGGAAAAUUGCAUUGCCAUUCUUCACACAAUUUGUUUGUACGAUCGAACCAAGUGGAAGGCGCUGAGAGAAGAAGAGCAUUCUUAUGGUUCAAUCUCUAAACUAGCUCGAGAUGGCACUUCAAGGGCCAAGAGGAAGGCUAGUGGGAUUCUUGAAAGACUAAAUAGAGCUGUUAAUCUUACGCAUACAGCAUGAAUCGAUGGGAUCAGUUAUGCACGAUAGUCAAGUUGGCGAAAUGUAAAUUCUACAUCCGAUUCCAGCACUUCCAUUCAUCAACAACUCCAGCAUGUCCGUGCAAUUCUCCGUUGCCUUCCUGUAAAUUCUCUUCUCCGAAAUUUCUAUUUCAGGUUAAUGAAUUAGCCAUUGUGAAUAAACAUGCCUUAAGCUUGUUAUAAAUUUUUGUCUUUUGAUUCUGUGCUAUAGUUUCUUCAAGCUUGCCUUGUUUUCUAGAUGUUUUGGCUUUAACUAGUAACAGUUUUGGUCUUUUCACCAGUUUGCUAGUAUCAAUUCCUGGUCCCCCCCUAUGUAACUUGAGCAUGUAUAAGAUUUUCUGCCUAGUUUUGUCAUCUAAUCAAAGCUUCUACUUGCAUUA